UAUUGUCCUCAGAAUAAACAACAUGAGAUCCUUACCCUUGUUUGCCAUGCUGCUGUGCAUGCUGUGUGCAGCACACGUUCAGGCACAAGAUAGCAAAAACCCAUUGAGGCUGUGUGGUCGAGCGCUUCUUCGGGCGGUGGUGUACACGUGUGGAGGAUCCAGGUGGAGAAGACAGAUGGGAGAGCAGGAGAUUUUACCAAAUGUCAACAAAGAGCCAGACCUCAAGAUGAGAAAUGUGCAAGCGUUCGAUCGUCAUUGGCGGGACCAAAGCCACGCUCUAAUGACAGAGUGCUGUCAACAGGGCUGUCGAAGGAGCGACCUCAUCAUGCUCUGCUAGAGGAAUGACGCCUUUUUGGGGAUCAUCAGUCUGACAUUCAUAAGUUAAAAUAUAACCUGUAGAACGCUGUUAGGAUGUUGUGAUUUCAUUUUCCACGCUAGCAAAAAUAAUAAAAAAAUAAUAACACCGUGAA